AUGGUAAUUAGCGCUGUUUGGGUUGAGGCGAAAAAGAAGAAGAAGUCGUCCGACGACCGGGGGCCGCUAAUGGCUGUGCUUGACUUGCUUCGGACGGACACCUGCCCGAGUGAGGAAUGCUGUCGCAACUUGUGGUCAUGUUUUUCUUCUUGGUGGUUUUUGGGAAGAGUUGAGGCAAGUAAUGUCGGAAUAAAUCACUUUUCAACGAGCAUACGUGUGUAGAAAGGAGGUUAGAAAUAUAUUUAAAAUAACCUUAUAAGGAAGGUCAUUUCACUUCUCGGUUCCUUCAAGGUUGGCAAAAAUACUCCUUGAUUCACUAAACGAAAAUUCUGAAAGUCUCAAAAUGCCCAACUUCCUAUUUUUCGAGAAAUGAGGACCACAAAAAAACUUUUUUCCCCCAUGACCCCUAUAGUGAGCCCUCUGGCGUUCCUGAAUAAGCCAUAACUUGCAAGGAAGGUUACUUUGCGAUUGGGAGUUUCGUAAAUGCUAUUCAGAACACUCCUUGAUUGACCAGAUGUGAAUCCUGGAAGUCUCAACCUGCACAAUUUCUAGUUUUCGAGAGAGAAUAUCUCAAAUUCGAAGAAAACUCUCAAAGCCCAAAAUUAGCCUAUUUUAACGGCCGUGAGGGUUUUCUUCGACUUUGAUAUAUUUUUUCUCAAAAACUAGAAAUUGUGCAGGUAGAUACUUUCCGGAUUUCCAUCUGGAUCAUCAAAAAGUGUUCUGAUGAGCUUUUUAGAAAGUUCCUUUUCAGUUAUGGCUGGUAUUGGGGUUAGAUAAAAAAGCCCUUUUAAUGGACAAAACAUUGCUCCCUAGAAAACAGGUCCCUAUAGGAUUUUUUUGUCUUACCUUCAAGUCUCUAAAGCUUAAGUAGUUCUUACAGUCGUCUUUUUAUUUCUUUUUCUGACUUGAAAGUUUUUUUUUUUCAUUUUGCAAGUCUUUAUAGGGGGAGGUAAGGUAGAUGAGCCCCUAAAGUCGCCACUCUAGAAACCACCCGCCCCCCAGUUGGAAAUUGUCCAAACGGCUUGAAAAAAAGUGACCCAUCAUCAACACUUUUCUUUUUGUUUUGCCAUCCUCUUGGCAAAUCGCCGAAAAAGUAAUCGGAUUGGUAUUGGCAGCCGUUGAACUGGUUCCGAGGCGUAUUGUGUUAAAUGUCAUUAUCUCGAGGAAAUCUGUAGUGCGACCAGAUGAUCCACUCAGAAGAUCUGCAAAAAUAUCGUCAAGUAGUCCGCGAAACGAAUGUUUUUGUUGUAAUUGGCUUGGUGGGAAAGAAAAGAAAUCGGACGCCUUUUUGUUGUUUUUAAUGGAUAUGGGAAUGGUUAGUAAGCGGGCGUCGAGGCGGUUGAUGAAUUCAGGGAAAAAAUAUUGAAUUAAAAAAGGCGAGACGAAAGCGGGGUAACCUGCGGUACAUUGGCGAUAUCGCAAAAGUGCUGCAUUUUUCGUCUUGAGUUUUCCAUGGCGCGAUAUCGCAUUUCGAAAGUUUUAAAAUCUUUGUUGAAAUGCGAGAGACGCGGCGAAAACGCGGUACAUUGACGAUAUCGCGAAAGUGCUGCAUUGUCUAACCUAGUCAUGAAUUUUCCUUGCUGCGAUCUCGCAUUUUGGAAGUUUAUAAACCUUCGUUCGAAAGCGGGAGACGCGGCGAAAACGCGAUUCAUUCGCGAUAUCGUCAAUUUUCCGCCAGCGAUAUCGCCUUUUUCCCGCGCCGCGUUAGGCGAUCUUUUUUAAUAAAUAAAAAAUGAUUAAAAAUUGUUUUGAAAAAUUACCGAUUAUUCUAACUUCUAGGUAGCUCUAUGUCUACCACGUCCUCCGACGCCUCCAGCCGUGGCUCUUAGUGAAGAGGCUCGCGAUUGGUCGGUUUUCAUCGAAGAUCGAUCGAUAAUCGAUUGAUUUAUCGAUUUUCAGGGCCUGGCCAUCGAACCAUGCCCUGCUUGGAACGGCGUUUCCCUGGUUCAUCUGGAUUUACGCCAGUAAUCACUACGAUCUGUCGAUUCUGGCCUCACUGUUCUUGCUCUGCGGAAUCAUUGCCUGUGAGUUGCUCAUGUUAGCUGAGAGUUGCUGAUUUCAGCUGUGAGUUGCUCAUGUUAGCUGAGAGUGACGGACAUGGGAUUUUUUGAAUUUUUGGAAGUUUAUUGACCAGAGUUUUUGAAAACUGAGUUUGAAUCUGGUCAUACUAUCGAUAAAUAAGUGCUUUAAAGCCUUUAACGCCUUAAUAAAGCCCGAAAAACUUUCAAAGUUUGAAAAAUUGAAAAAAUACGUGACCGAACCGACAGACUUUUCCAGCAUGCCACAAGAACUUUUGUUACAUUUUUGGCAGGAAAUGCUCCAUUUUUAUGAGUUUCGAAACAUUUUCCUUCUCCAAGACAUUCCCAUAUGUGGUCGCAUCGUUUCGUCAAAUGUUUUUCCAAGCACAUUCCGACGAUACGCACCUUUCCCCCUGACUACUUUUCACUUUUGGGCAAAAAGAAUAAGGAAAGAGAAAGAAAAAAAGACGCGCGGCGCCACAAUCAAAUGGCGCGUUUACAUAACCUGCGGCUUCUUUUUCAUUCUGGAGAUUCUGGCGAAACUGAGUUUCCUCUUUCACUUUUGGGAAGGAGAACGGUUUUUCUUAGACUUGGGGAAGAUUUGGUACUGAGUUUGUAGAAAACAAUUAGAAAAAAGAGUAUUUUAAAGCUUUUUGGUUUGAAAAAAUGGCUGUGGCUCAAAUUUUAUGCGAAAAAUGAGCAUUUUAUUGAUUUUUAUUAUAUUAAACUUUGAAAAAACUGGAAAAUAUCUUCUUUUUUUGAAGAUGAUAUGAGAUUUAGGGACUUAGGCUUUUAGAAUAUAGAGAAAAAAAAAUUUCAUUGUUUUUCUUUUUACGUUCAAAAAGCGACAAAAUUACCGUCUGAAUGAUCUAUUGAACUUUUAACAGUUUUAAGAAAAAAAAAUCUGUUUUUUUGUCGAAAAUCAUUUGACAACAUUAUGAUAUCAGUUCAAGCUCAAAAAUCCGGCAAAGUUAUCAAAUUUUUCCCAAAUUAGGCUACAACAGAUAAUGAUGUUCACUGUGAUAAAAAGUAGGAAAUGACAUCAUUUACAGGUUUUUAUCAUUUCCCCUCAUAUGGGUGAUUUUUCAAAUUUUUCUUUUUUCCUUAUUUUUUUGUUGUUGUUGGGUGUUGAAAUUAAAAAAAAGAUUAUUUUUUUGUUCCCAAAUUUUGUUAAGUUUUUAAUUAGAAAAUGUAAUGACAUUUUUUUCUUCACGUUUUUUUAAAAAAAUUAUAAAAAAACUUAAAAAAACCUGUCGUUUUUUUCUUUUUGAAGAUUUUAGUGUUAAAGAUUGAUUUUUUUCAAUCUUUUUUCGAGAUUCUGAAAAUAAGGAAAAUAAUAUCUUCCGCGAUUUAUGUUAUGUAACGAGAAGGAUUUUUAGAGAUUGGUUAUAUUUAAAUAAUAUUUAAAAUUGAUAUCGGCCUUCCCGAUGCAUUUUUAGGUCUUCUCGAUAAAUUUAGGCUUACGCGAUGAAUUUAAAGGCGCAAAACUUUACAAAAUUCAAAAAAUAUGCCCUAGCUCUUUCAAAAUCUUCAAAAAGCUAUUUCAAAUCAACUUCACUUAUGGAACUCUUCUGACCUACCAGACCAAAAAAAGCCUUUUCAUUUCCCAUUUCUCCACCAGAAAAUGAGAAGUUUCCUUCUGAAAACCCAAUCCGUGACGACGUGGAGGUCACUCGAGAAACAGUCUGUCUGUCGGUUUCUUCUCGUUUCCUUGCCAGAAGGAAUCGAUCGACGGGAAGUUUCCCCCCGUAUCCCAUUUUAUCAGUGACGUCUUCGCCGCCAAACAGUUGCCCCCUGUACAUUAGUCGCUGCAGGGAACACCGGCGUGAGCUGGUCGAGGAUCUACCUGUCGGUUCAUUCCCCGUGCGACGUCCUGGCCGGCUGGACCAUCGGCGUCCUUCUUCUAUUCAUUUUUGGUGGGUUUUUGGGUAUGAAAACUGUGUUUUUGAGUUGCUUCUGAUCAAAGUCUUUUGAUGGACCGUCUCAGGAAAAGUUGAGAGCAGAAUUUUGGUUUUAAAAGCACUUCAGAAUCGAGUUUCUAAACGAACUAUUCCAAUAAUUUAUAACACUAAAAGUUUUAGUUUGAAAAUUUGCGUUAUUAUCCUGAUUAGAAAUUAAAUUUUUGAUAUGUUAUGAGCUAAAAAAUGUGCCAGAAGUUAUGUUAAAGAUAAGGUUCUGAUUCUUUCUGACGAUACAUCCGUCAGAAUAAUUUGAAAUUAGAAAUGUAUUUCUCAUGACCGUUUACCAGCCAAAAAUCGAUGAAAGAUGGGUUCAAUAGACCCAGAAAUAAUUAUAGAGAUUAGCGUUUUCUGAUAGGUUAUCAUAUGUGGAUUUUCGUUGGUUUUUUCGUGCUUUCGCUCUUUUCUUUUGACUUUAUAGUGGUUAUUUUCAUUCUUCUCGUCACUUUGAAUACUGGCCAGAAGGAGAGUAGCAGCAUAUUGCAAUGGUUCUUUUAGUUUUUGAAAAAAAAAAGAUCAAAAAAUUAAUUAUUUCAAAACCUUAUGUUUUACAGCACUUUCAUUAGGGUUAGAUGAAACUUUAUAAAGGCAUUAUGAUUACUGGGUUUUUUUAAAUCAUUAAGUUCAUUGCUUGAUUGAAAAAUUGGUGAAAGGCUUUUGCACGUUGAUAAAUCAUGAUUAGGUCUCACAAGGGAGGUCAUCUCACUUUGCGGUUGGGAAUUUUUUGAAAAAUUAUCCCAAUCUCUCUUGAAAAACCGAAUUGAAAGUCUCAAUCUGCACAGCUCCCUAGUUUUCAAGAAAUAAGGGCUCGAACCCCCAAAGUGACCUUUUGACUGAUUUUGAAGGUUUCUUUGAAUUUGAGCCCUCAUUCCUCAAAAACUAGGAAGUGUUGCUUGAGGCUUUUAGAGUCCUUUUUUGGUACUGUAAGGAGUGUUCUCGCAUUUUUUCAGGAAAACCCAACCACAAAAUAAACCUUUAUUGUAAAAAUUGAACUUUUCUGCAUUUUUAUCGUUGGCUGCUUUUUCAGCCAGUCAAUAAAGGAAAAAUAGCGUUUCAGAAGGUUUUUCGGACAAACUCCAUGCGGUUUACGUCAAGAGCUCCCCGACGGCCGACCUCUCCUUUUUCGGCUCUUUCUACGCCUUUUUCCUCUUUCUGCUCUGGCUGCACCCAAGAUCUUGGCCCGAAACUCAGAGCUAUGGAGAGGUUUUUCAAACUUUCUACAGUAUCCAUCAAAAACUACCGUAAUUCAGGUCGUCUGCGUACUUUCCGGAGCGGCGGCCAUGUGGACGACGAGAAUUCUUCACUUCGGAUCGGAUUUGCCGUUUCAAAGUCUGCUAGAAAUCCGACCGGAAGCGCCGAUUUACCACUACGUCGCCAGGCUUUUCGUUGGUCAGAAGUUAUUUUUUGAAUUAAAAUUGAAAGAUGAAAGAAAAAAAUUUUUUUGAGUCUUGAGCUUCUUCGGAAAAAAACGGCUGGAAUUUUUAAAAAAAUUUCGGAAAAUGGAAAGAAGUCGUUAACUGCCUGUGAACUCACUAGAUUUUUUUCAUUUAUAUAUAUAUAUAUUUUUUACCCUGAAAUCUCUUUAAAUCUGCUAUUAAAAUUUCCGGUUUAAAAAAGAGAGGUGCUUUGAAAAAACCUCUUUUAGCUCCCAGUUGAGCUUUUGAUUAAACUUGGAGGAAGUGUACUUUAGGGCCUCCUUAUUUAAAAAAAGUUUCGCAGUAGGUUUUUUUUUUCGAGUUGUAGUGCUCCAAAGUCCGUAAAUUACACAGGAAAAGGCGUCAUUUGAGUUUUUUGAAGCUGUAUAAGUUGAAAAUGAGAACUAUAGCGAGAAAUUUGGCUUGUUCUGGAAGAGGUCCUAAAAUAACUCCAGCCAAAUUUUAUUAAGAGUUUAACCCGUGGCAAAAAAUAGUUCCUUUGAAAGAAUUUUAAAAAAUUCGGGAUAUCCAGGAGCCGUGGCUUUGUUGGCGACACGGUUGGUACUGAAACCAAUCACGAAGAAGCUAGUGACGACUCUCUACGAUCACCUGUCGUUACGGUAUUACUCCUACUCGGAGUACUGUAAGAUCCUCGGCGACCAGCUGCAGCCGACCAAACGCUACACUCAGCGGCUACGCUUCAAGCCGAUCCCUGGCGAGAAGGUUUGGAAUAUUCCAGGGUUCUUUGGAAAGUUCUCGAGGACUUUUACUUCUUGAGAUAAAUAGUGACCCCUAGAGGGUUUGAAAUUAAGUGGUCCUUAUAGUAGUUUAGGGUCUAGCCUCUCAUGCUUAAGUGGUCCCUAUAGUGGUCUUUCGAUUUCCUGUUCUGAUUUCAAUGUUAAAAAGGGUAGUCCCUGGAGAGAGACCUACAAGAGCCCUAAAGUUGCCACUUUGGCAUUCUUAAGAGUUUUUUGGAAAAACAUGUCGGCCAGCUCCUUAUCCUACUCAAUCAUAUUUUUUUAUAUUCUUGAAAUUAGGCACCUUUCUAAUUUUUUUCGAGUCGGGGGGGUUCGAAGUUUCAGGAUGAUUUCACGAUAUAUCAUUGCAAACUUUGAGAAGGUAUACCUGAAAUCACCUCCGGUAGGGCUCUGAUAGACCUCGAAGGUAUACUAGAGGUCUCACAGUGGACGUAUUAUUUGCCCCCUCCUCUUUAAGAGGUAUAAUGGUGUUGUGGUGUACCCAAGAUUGGUUCGUAAAUGGACUAUACCUAGUUUCACGAUCACGAGUAUACCACUGCAAAUGUCAGCGAAACUUUAUAAACUUUGUUGGUAUAUUCUCAAGCCCCUCCGGUGGGGCUGAGGUAGAGCUAAAAGGUUUACUGGAGGUCACAGUGAAUGUAUUAUUUGGUCCCCCCCCCCUCCUCUUUAAGAGGUAUAAUGGUUUUGUGGUGCAUCCCUGAUUCUUUCGUAAACGACACUACGAAUCUCUGCUUCUGCAGGUGAUCAACAUCGACGACGUUCCGUACGACGUCGACUUGCCGGUGAAGUUCAUCGUCUACAGCGCGAUCGGCUUCAUGGUCACCGAAGGCUGUCCGUCGAUCUUCGCCCGUCUCGGAAUCUGA